AUGAAAUUCGUUGUUUGCUUUGCUAUUUUGUUAAUUUCUGCGACCUGCAACGGGCAAUCUGAAAAAAGUCCUCUUUGCAAAUUGCGAAACGAGUACGUAAAUAUUGAAGAAAAAUGCGACGCUUACAUUGAAUGUCGGGAUUAUCGAGCGAUUGAAACGAGUUGUCCAGAUGGUCUGAACUAUAACCCUGCCGCGGUAUGGCCUGCUUAUCCAUGCAGCUAUCCUCAAGAUGUUCCUUGUGCGGGACGUAGACCCAACCAACCAGCGAAGCCUAACGCUAACUGUCCUCGUCAGUACGGAUACUUCAAGUCUCCUCUAGCCAACGAAAACGACUGUGGACAUUACCGGCUAUGUCAUGGCGGUGAAGCCUUUGAGAUGUACUGCCCCGCUGGCUUGGCCUUUAAUCCUGAAAAUGCACGCUGUGACUGGCCCGAACUUGUGUCAUCGUGCAAUGCCGAAAAUUACAUUGGUUUCAAGUGUCCUCCACCUACCUACGAUGUAUCAGGCAACGCUAUCGUCACCAACCAUAAAUACGAGGGUAGUUGCUACGUCUUCUACUCCUGUAUAAAGGGACACGCUCGCGUCCUUUCCUGUGAUGAAGGGUUCGCGUUCGACGUCACCAGCGGCCGCUGUGAAAUCGAGGAUCGCGUUAACUGUGAUGCUCAAGUGUCUAAAAAAUCAGUUGCAUUACUUUAAUCCAUUGUAAUUAAAAAUAAAUAAAAAUGUAACUAC